AUGGCGUCAUCCAAUGUGAAGAGGGGCCUCUGCGGGUCGUCACGAGACGACCAAUGCAGGACGGACCCGCUCCACACCUUGGGAACGGGAGUGGCCGAGGCAGGGGCGGGAGCCGACCUUGACGCCGCUGUGAAGAUGAGCACCACCAUCCCAGAAGCUGUCGGGCUCACCGACGGUCCCGGCGCACGCGCCCCUGCCCCCGUCGAGGCCGCCGCGGGUCCGCCCAUCGGCGCCACCACCUCCGACGCGAGUGCCGGAGCAAGUGUCCCUGUGGCCACCUCACCCUCCAUUGCGACCAACGAGGCAAGCGUCCCCGCCCCUGUCGGGGCCUCCGGAGCAGGCACCUCCGCCUCCGUCACCACUGCCACCUCCGCCGUGGCUUCCCGGGCCGAAGUCCCCGUCUCCGUCACCGCCGCCUCCUCCGUCGCGGCUGCCGAGGCGGGCGUCCCUGCCUCCUCCGCCGCUGCUGUCCCCACCGUGGCCGCGGGGGCAGACUCUCCUUCCCCCGUCGUCGUCGCCGUCCCCAACGCUUAG